UCAUUUGUCAGUCGUGCAACAUUCAGAGCAACCUCCAGUUCUCCUCCACCACACACACACAACCGAGUCCAGAAUGGCCCAGAAGCUGAUCCUUGCCCUGAGCGCCCUCGUGGCGGUGGCCUCCGCCGUGGUGGUGCCCGGACCCGGCCUCGCCUUGCCCGCCUACCCCUCAUAUCCUUCGCUGGCGCUGCCCAAGCUGGCCGCUCCCGUCUACCCCGCCCUGACCAAGGUGGCUGCCCCUCUGGUGGCCAAGGUGGCUGCCCCCGAGCCGUACGAUCCUAAUCCUCAGUACAGCUUCAACUAUGAUGUCCAUGACUCCUCCACUGGUGAUGUUAAGAGCCAGCAGGAGACCCGCAGCGGCGACGUGGUCCAGGGCGAGUACUCCCUCAUCGAGGCCGACGGCACCCGUCGUAUUGUCCAGUACACCGCUGAUCCCGUUCACGGAUUCAACGCCGUGGUCCACCGCGAAGGAGCCGUGGUUAAGGCAGUGGCUCCAGUGGCCAAGGUCCUGGCCCCCGCUCCUCUCCUCCACGCCGCUCCCCUGGUGGCCAAGGUGCCCGCUUAUGGCCCAGCCCUCGCACCCGGAUACCCCUCCCUUGCCCACGGAUACCCUGGUCUGGCCCCAGCCCUGGCUCCGGCCUAUGCCCCGGCCCUGCCCAAACUGGCCCUGCCAGCCCUGCCCGCCCUCUCGCCUUUGGGAUACCACUAAGUCAUGGAUCGAGGAGACCCAGAAGCCACAGGAUUGACCGACCUCUUGCCGUUAAAGGACAUAUCGCGACCAACUUAUCCUGCCCGGAGCCUGCAACUGGCCCCGGGCCGAACAUAGUCGAUAGUAGAUGUAGUAUUAGUUGAAAUGAAAGCGAUUUAUCGAAAUAUGUACAUACGAAUUCACGGACACAGGAUACUCGACACAGGAGACAGUCUCCCGUUCAGGUCCUGUGUCCCCUCAUCUACACUCACACAUUCUCGAGGCCUUUCAUUUAUGUUUCUUGUCUUUUUAAUCUUAAGGCUGUUUGACCGCGAUAAAAACUCUAUAAUCCCCCCAACUUACAGUCCCAAUUCUUAUUCUUAUUUAAUCCGAGCCUGUGCACACGAGUAGAACUCGCAGAAUGAGAAACGAGAUUGCAAAUAAACGAA